UGUCUGAAAUUUCGAAAUUUCGCAUUUUAGAAUUCGAAGACCAAAGUGCACUAAGCCCAAAAUUACAGGAUACCGGAAUUUUCUAAAACUUUCGGAGAUUGGUGCCAACGGGGGAGCGAGCCAGGUUGUCGGAAUGUCAAUGUCAGUUCAGCUUAAAGAAGAACGAGCCUGAGGUCGUCCUUCUGAUUUCUGAAAUGCUAUUUUCAAACAAAAGAUUGUGAUGGCCUCCUCUUUUGGAUAUGGCAGUGGUUUUAUUUUUGGUGUGAUUCGUAAUGGUAACAAGUAGAAUCUUGUAUUUAGAUAGAGGGAAGAAAUCCCUGCCAAUGUUGUUUGCCAAAAUCCCUCGUUUAGCAAUCAAGGUUGGUGGGAAGCGAAUUCCAAUCAUCUCCCGACAUUUUUGUCUUUCCAUCACCUCGGCCAGCACAUGGACGCAUUUCUUGUCCGAAACCCUCUCUCUCGAACAAGUUAAGCAAGCCCAUGCUCUGGCUGUUCUCCAUGGCGCACUUCAGAGUAGCGUUCGUAUAUGUGCUGUCCUCAUGCGAAACUACGCUGCCUUCGAAGACUUUGUCACCCCUCGUGUACUCUUCGAGCAGAGCUGUCUCAAAAGCGAGGGUGCCUUCUUGUGGAAUACCCUUAUAAGGGUUUACUCAAUUGCCGGCAGUCAGUAUGAUGCUUUUGACAUCUAUAAUGGGCUGCUGCGGGCUGGCGUUCGACCUGAUGAUCACACCUUCCCCUUUGUUCUCACGGUCUGUGCGGAUGAUUCUGCAUCUCAGAAGGGUGAGGAGAUCCAUGCCUUAAUAUUUAAAUUGGGUUUUGAUCGAGAUGUCUUUGUGGCCAAUACCCUGUUGGCUUUCUAUGCGAGUGUAAAGAAUUUAUCGGACACGCAGCGGGUGUUCAAUGAAAUGCAUGAACGAGAUAUUGUAUCUUGGAAUUCGAUCAUUUCGGCAUUUUCAGAUAAUGGAUACUAUCCAGAAGCACUCUGUUGGUUUUUUGAACUAAAGUUGACGUCUGGGCUUAAGCCCAAUUCCGUUAGUGUUGUCAGUGUGUUGCCUGUGUGCGCUGGGCUUGAAGAUGAGAUAAUGGCGAGUACAACCCAUGGGUAUGUGGUGAAAUCUGGUAUGGAUUCCCAAGUUACUAUCUGCAAUGCACUGGUUGACGUUUAUGGAAAAUGUGGGAUUUCGAGUGCUUCAAAGAGAGUUUUUGAUGGAAUGAUUGGAAGGAACGUGGUUUCUUGGAAUGCAAUUAUUUCUACUUUUACCCAUAACAAGCUUCAUAAAGAUGCCUUGUAUAUGUUUAGGCUAAUGGUUGCUGCAGAUGUGAAACCAAACUCCAUCACCCUUUCAAGUAUGCUGCCUGUGUUGGUAGAAUUGGAAUUUUUCAACAUGGGAAAGGAAAUUCAUGGGUAUGGUAUAAGGAUAGGUUUGGAAUCUGAUAUUUUUGUGGCUAACUCAUUGAUCGACAUGUAUGCUAAAUCGGGGCAUUCAAUGAAAGCAUCUAAUGUGUUUUGCAAAAUGAAUGUAUGGAAUGUUGUAACAUGGAAUACAAUGGUGGCUGGUUUUGCUCAGAACAGGCUUGAGUUAGAUGCCCUAAAUCUGAUAAAACAAAUGCAGAUGCAUGGGGAAUGCCCAAAUUCUGUUACCUUCACAAAUGCACUUCCUGCUUGUGGACGAAUUGGUUUGCUUCGUCAAGGGAAGGAAAUCCAUGCCAGAUCAAUUCGGACUGGUUUCAUCUUUGAUUUAUUUGUAUCAAAUGCUCUUACUGACAUGUAUGCCAAAUGCAGGUGCUUAAACCUAGCAAGAAGUGUCUUUAACAUUUCUCAUAGAGAUGAAAUAUCUUAUAACAUACUGAUAGAGGGUUACUCUCUGAGUCAGCACUGCUCAGAAUCUCUAAAGUUGUUCUCAGAGAUGGGGCUCAUAGGUCUGAAGCAUGAUACAGUUUCCUUUGUGGGAGUUCUCAAGGCAUGUGCAAAUAUAAGUGCAAUUAAACAAGGGAAGGAGAUCCAUGGAUUGCUGAUAAGAAAGCUUUUCCACUCCCAUCUCUUUGUUGCUAACUCACUUUUGGAUCUGUACACAAAAUGUGGACGAGUAGACCUUGCAAGGCUGGUGUUUGAUCGAAUCCCAUGCAAAGAUGCAGCUUCAUGGAAUACAAUGAUCUUAGGUUAUGGAAUGCAAGGGCAGUUAGGGGUUGCAAUUGAACUCUUUGAUGCAAUGAAGGAGAAUGGAGUGGACUACGAUUCAGUUUCCUAUAUAGCUGUUUUGUCUGUUUGUAGCCAUGGUGGGAUGGUUGAGAAAGGUCAGAGGUACUUUGAACAGAUGUGUUCUCAAGAUAUUGAGCCAACACAGAUGCAUUAUGCUUGUAUGGUUGAUCUUCUUGGACGAGCUGGCCUUAUGAAAGAGGCUGAAGAGCUUAUUAAGGGACUGCCAAUAGUACCAGAUGCCAAUGUUUGGGGUGCAUUGCUUGGGGCAUGUCGAGCAACUGGAAAUAUAGAGUUGGGAGCAUGGGCAGCUGAGCAUCUGUUUGAGCUUAAACCAGAAAACUGUGGUUACUACAUACUUCUUUCAAAUAUGUAUGCGGAAGCAGGAAAAUGGGAUGAGGCAAAAAAGGUAAGGGAAUUGAUGCGGUCAAGGGGAGUGAAGAAGAACCCUGGGUGUAGUUGGGUAGAGAUUCACAAUCAGUUCCAUGCUUUUGUUGUUGGAGAGAGCUUAGAAAGGCCAGAAUUAGGACACUGGAUUGCUUAAUCUGGUUAAAAAUGUUGACAAAAAGUUCUUGAUAUCUCCAGAGAUUUAGUUGAAAAGAUAUAAUGGUUAUUUGUCAACCACCUUCAAUGCUCAUCAUGCCACCACCACUAUACAUCUUGAAGGUGAAUCACUAAUUUCCCAGGUCAAUGAAACCUGCCUAGUCAUUUAAUGGGUGUGCUAAAUCAUCACCUCAGCAACAUUAUUGUUGAAGCUUUUGUCUCAACAAUUUAGAUGAUCAAAUUGGGAUCCUGCAGGCUAGUAUGACUCUUGGUGCAUAUUCCAUCGUCAUUUUGUUUUGCUGAUUCCAUGAUUCACAGAUGAUUGGUGAAUUUUAAUGUUGCAGGAAUGCAUAUUGACACAUAUGAGAUAGCCAUGGUGAAGAUGGUGACCAUCAAAUAAGCUUUUGGUCCUCCUAUCAGAGGCCUAGUUUCAAAGCUCAAUAUGUCUCCUUUAUUCCACUUCAUUUCCAGUUACAAUGUCAAGGGCACUGAAUCUAAAUUUAUGCUCAAGAUUGAAUUAAAAAAUCAUCCUUGAGCUCAAAGCUUCUGACAUGGCACCAGAGCGGGUCACUCCAUUGACUUUUCAUUGAAGAUCCAAGACCUGUGACACUAAUCUAUUUCACUGAGUUCAAGAGGACCUUUGUGCAUCCUUUUUUGGAGCUGUCUGAAGCUAUACAAGGGUUACUUUGAUCAACCAAGAGUUCUUCUGUAAAUCGUGGGAUUUAUAAAGCAAAGACUUCCUGGAGAAGGCAUGGACGAUGAUAUCGUGUUGCUGUCACAAGUUCAGAUAUUAGAAACAUUGCACUUUGUAAUAAUUGCUCCAAAGAUAUGUUUCUUUAAUAUAUUUCCAACAUUGAAUAAAAUCCCAGUUCAAGGUU